GUUGAUAUUUUGCCAUUACCACACUUUCUGAUCGUUUUUUAUUAUUAUUUUUUAAAAAUUUUCUCAUCUGGUUGGUGUAUUUUAAACCAAACUAAGUGCUCUAAUUAAAUUUUUAAUACAAAUUUAUUACCGUGAAAAAUUGUUUGCCAGUUUUCCUUCAUUAAUAAGACAACACACCGCCAGCUUCAAUCAUGGAAAUUGAAAAUCUUCCACAAAUGCUAAAAAAUAAUCGCACAUUUGCUGAUAAUGAUGCGAUUAUGAUCGAAAAGAGAUAUACGCUUUCGGAUUUAUAUCCAAUUGCGAGACUUACCCAAAAAAUGGACAGUGUUUUAAAUGUUUCCUCCACGGCCACCACCACCACACAAGUACCUAAAUCUGAUGAUUUACCUUACACAGUGGAAUGUGUUAAACCCGAAGAUUCAGAAAAAGUUGUUGAAAUGUUGAAAGCAUUUUUCUUUAAGGAUGAACCUUUAAAUACGUAUUUAAAUUUGGGUGAAUGCAAGGAAUUAGAGGAAUAUUCCGUUAAAUGUAUAAAAGAUGGUUGCUCAUACAAGGCAGUGACGAAGAGUGGUGAAAUUAUUGGGGUCUUCCUAAAUGCUCUCAUGCAUCGUCCGGUGCCCAAUGCUGAACAUGAAAAAUCUGCAGAUUCCUGUGAUCAUCCAAAAUUCAGAAAAGUUUUGCAAUUAAUGGAUUUCAUUGAAGGAGAUUUCAAUGUCUUUGAUUUAUAUCCCGGCACCGAUGUUAUUAUGGAUGGUAAAAUUCUCUCAGUUAAUUCCAAUUAUCGUGGUUUGGGCAUUGCUGGUCGUCUCACCGAAAGCACUUUGGACUACAUGCGUGAACACAAAAUUCCCGUUAUGCAUGUUUUAUGCUCCAGUCAUUAUUCGGCUCGUGUUAUGGAGAAAUUGGGUUUCCAUGAAGUCUAUCGUCUCAAUUAUGCCGAUUACAAGGUGGAUAAUGAAGUUGUCUUUGCACCCGGUGAGCCACAUUUAACGGCCCGCAUAUUGGUCAAAGAAAUUGCUGAGGUUAAGAAAAGUCAACUGUAAAAUGUUGGUUUUUAUUAGAUGUUUGAGAAAACGAAAGGCACAGGGUACUUGUACUAAAAGCUUAAAACUAAAUGGAGUUAAAUGUAGGUACACAUGAUCAUGUACUUAUAAUUACAUUUGAAAAUAAGAAAAAAAUACAACAGAUAUACUAGAAAAUAACCCACCCAAUCAUUUAUUUAAGAAUGGUUGUAAAUGUUGUUAAACUUUAGAUUUUAAUGGUUAAUUAAUGAUAAAUACAAGUUUACCUUAACAAAUAAAUGUAUAGAAAUAUUAAUUCUGAUGUGAUUUUAGAUUUGUUUAAGUUAAACUUUACAUUGGUGUUGGUCAUUAAUAUUAAAUGCUUACUUUUACUUAUAAUUGUAUAUUUACUUAAAUAACUAUUCUUUUUUUUUAUUUUACAAUUCCUAAUCCCAUUACCCAAAAACAGCGUUUUAAUGGCGUUCAACAUGCAUUUAACAUUAUUUAGGUGUUAAUUCAUUAUUAAGAUUCUUAUGCAAACUAUAAACAAUUUUGUUCGCCACUGUUUGAAUUACCAAUGUACAAUAUGAAUUUAUUUUAAUCCUUUAUUUGUUCAUAAUGCUAAUAAUGAAAAAAAGAAAGAGAUUGUAAUUAUUUAUAUUUAUGUAUGUUAACGAUUUUAUUAUGUUCUAAAUAAUAAAAGUUAUUAUCUGUUACAACUUAAUAUGUAUCACUAUUUUUCAUUAUCCAAUUAAUUUGUUACUACAUUAUCAUGUACUGUUUAUAACAAAAGUAUAAAACCCUAAAAGUACACUUUAAAAUAAAUGAUAAUUUGUCUAAGGCACGGCAGCAAUUUUGGAAAAGUGCUAAAUGGUUGAUAAAUAAAUGUUGAUGAUAAUGUUGAAUAUUAAAUUAUUUAUUAUUAUACAAAAUUAAUUAUGUUUAAAUAAUAUUGUGUAUGAUAUUUUGCUCAUUUAUGAAGCAGCAAUUUUAAUUGCUGCAAUAACUAUUUAUUUUGUACAUGCAUAACUAUAUAUUGUUAAUAUUUAAGUUAUUUUUAAAUAUUUUUAUUAUAUUAUGAUUGUUUUAAUAAAUAAAAUGCCAAAAUAUCCUAAAUGAA